AUGGGUGCUUUCAGACCGGGGAGAGUGAGAUCGCUCAUACUGGCGGUGCUCGCCUUGAUUUUGGUCUGCACGGUCUAUUUCUAUUGGUCUCCAAUCACCGCAGCCUCCACUGUCUCUGUCGUUCCGAACACAGCAUUCGAAGUUCCCCUCACGGAGCGCCAGAAGGACUUCUGGAAAGUCCUUCGACCCAUCAUCGAACGUCAUAACCCCAACUGCCCUACUCCAGAAAAACGAGGAGAUGUCGAAGCUCAGCAUUUUGAUCCCACAAAAGAAACCCCGCGUCCUGACUUGACGACGAUGAGUGAAGAAGACAUACGCAAAAUGGAAGAUGCCCAUGCGGCCUUCAUCGAGGAUAUCAAGAAUUCAGACAAGGAACUGAAGCCAAUCCAUACUGCGGGCAAGCGCGGUCUGGUGUCGACAGCUGGGGCCACCUACCUCCCCGUUUUUGUCUCGUCGCUGCGGAUGCUCCGCCGUGCGGGGUCAAUGUUGCCGGUUGAACUCUACAUGAAAGAUGCCACCGAGCACGAGAAACACGUUUGCAACGAGGUUCUUCCCCAACUCAAUGCGCGGUGUUUGGUGUUGGCAGACGUGGUGGGUAAAAAUAUCAUUGAACACUAUCAACUCAAGAUCUUCGCGGUUCUUUUCUCAUCCUUCGAAGAGAUAGUCUGGAUGGAUGCUGACUGUUUUCCUCUUGGCAAACCUGAGGAACUGCUCGACUCGGAACCCUUCAAAUCCAAUGGGUUAGUCACAUGGCCCGACUUCUGGGCUUCAUCUGCAUCUCCGCUGUACUACAGAAUCUCACGCCAGGAACCACCAUCUAUGGCUGCUAGACAGUCGUCAGAAACUGGGGCAUUCUUGGUUUCCAAGAAAACACAUUCGCUGGCUCUCUUAUUAGCGGCUUAUUAUAAUUUCUACGGCCCAUCACACUACUUCCGCUUGUUGAGCCAGGGCGCUCCUGGCGAGGGAGAUAAGGAAACUUUCAUACAAGCUGCUUCGGCUGUAGGUGCACCUUUCUAUACCGUCAGUGAGAGAGUGCAAGCUAUUGGACAUGCAAGCGCAGAUGGGCUAUCUGGAUCCGCUAUGGCACAAUCAGACCCGCGCGAGGACUAUGCUUUGAUUCAGCAAGACAAGUGGCGCGUAAAAGAUGAAUCCGUCGCCCCUGCGCCGCACGUUUUCUUCAUCCACGCGAACUAUCCCAAGUUCAACCCCGGAGAUCGGAUCUUCGGCACGGGUUGGGAAACAACUCCCACAUUGAAAGAGGAUGGCUCAGAUGGACGUGCCUGGACGGCACCCCCAGAGACCGUAAGUCGAUUUGGAUAUGACGUCGAAAGGGCGUAUUGGGAAGAGAUUAAAUGGGUGAGCUGUAACCUCGAAACAGCAUUCAAAACUUGGGAGAACAAAAUGGGUCUAUGCCAGAAAGUUGAGGAGUACUGGGGUCAUGUUUUUGCUGAACCGCAUGAUGAUGACCCCAAGUUUACCCUGGAUGGCUAA